AUGUGCUCUAAGUGGGUCAUACAAAAUGAAUACCAGGCCAUAGGCUCCGGGUGGCCCGGCAGAGCCCGGCCCCACAAUGGUGUGGGGCCAGGAGCUGGGGUCCUUCUCCCCACCUCCUAUAAGCUUCUGGACACUGUGCUGCACAACCUCUACAUCUUUGGAGAGAUAGAAGAUGACGCAGAAGAGAAAAGGGUCAGAAAGAAAAGGAAAAACAAGAGAGAUGUGGGGACUCCAGUGGCAUUGAGGGCAAAGCCCGCACCCCCACCUGGUCCUCUUGUAAGAGGCCAGAGGAAGAGUACUUCGAGUUUCUUCUCAGAGCUCAGAGAAGAGUGCCCUGCUGUGACCCCCACCAGUGCCCCUGUGAGAACACAAAUCCUUCAUGCUACAGCGUCUCCCUCUCCCUUGACCAGGAAGGAGCCGGUUGAAGUGGUUGAACUCCACAGCAGAAAUAAAAAAAGAAAACAGAUGCCAGAUCAAGAUGAGAACUCAAAGACCAAAACUAGUAGCCUUGAGAAAGAUGGGAAUAUACAAGAAUUUAACUUAGAAAAGGCUCAGCUGCAGGUGCACCGGUUUGGGAUCACAGGGUGUGGAAAAAGAAAGAACAGAGUCCUAGAACCGGAAUGCGUGGUUAUACUGUGUGUGCAGUCUCCCAAAAAGAGUUAUGUGAAUUACAAGGUUUUGCAGGAGCAGAUUAAAGGGGGGAAAAAAGCAGCAAAGGAAGAAGAAAAGAGAGUGGCCCAAGACACAGAUAUUUUCAAGAAAAAGAAGAGGAAAGGGCAGGAAGACAGAAAAUCCAAAAAGAAGAAAUCAGCUCCCAGUAUUUUGUCAAGUAGUUGGAUUGGACAUGUUGUAAAAUUAAAAAAUGGGACAUUGAUUCUGAGCCAAGUUGAUAUCAAGAAAAUAAAUUCUUCCCAAGUGGCUAAAUGGAGUGGUCUGCAAACUAGAGGAGGAACGGGAACGUGCCAUCACACUGAGACUGGAUCCGUGCAGGACUCCAGCCUGUUCUCACUUAUUUCAUAUUCGUAG